CCUCUCUCUCUUUCUGCCGUCCUUGGUUUCCUUCGCCUUCUCCUUCCUUCAGCCUCUUGGGCGCUGCUGCCUCUUCGCGCCCUUUUCCCGGCCGUCCUCUUUAGAGUCAAUAUUAUGCAACCCCGCCCCCUGAGGGUGGAGCUGAAGGCAUUAAAGGCCCAGAGACGGAGAACGGGCGGAUAUCCUGCAGCAUAUUUUGCUAUAGUUUUUCAGUGAAUAUCUCCUAAAGUCUCAACAAAUUCAACAUAGUUUGUUGCAGCUACAAAAACAUAGUUUCUGGAGUAUAACAACUACUUUCAAAGAUGAAGAGAUGGUUUUCAUAGGAAACCUGAAAACUCUUGUGCCGUGUGCUGUCAGAAAUCUAAUACGAUCAAAUAAACUCAGCAUUAGGAAUACUUCUGGAAUGGCAGAAGGAUUUAAACAGGCAAAUGUUAUUAUUCUACACAAAUCACUUGCGGAUGACUUCGAAAAAUUUUGCCAAGCAAAUGAUGGUCCUCUUCCACUACUGUAUAGAAGUAAACCAGGUGAAUGGAAAUGCCCAUCUCUGAGUAAUGAUUCUGAUAUUAGAACUGACUGUCUGCAAUACAGAAAAUAUGAAAAUGGAGAAUAUACAGGAAUUCUGACAAGCCUGGAAAAAUAUUCCCAACAGCUUAAAGACAUGGUGGCUUUCUAUCUAGGCUGCAGUUUUACAUUUGAAAAGGCACUCCAGGACGUUGGCAUUCCUAUAAGAAAUGUAGAACAGAAAUGUAAUGUAAGCAUGUAUAAGACAACUGUCCCUUGCUAUGGUACUGAAAGUUUUCACUGCAAUCUAAUAGUAACAAUGAGACCUAUUCCUCAAGACAAAUUGAAACUAGCUGUGCAAACCACCCAUCGAAUGAAAAAGUCACAUGGAGCACCAGUUCACAUUGGUAACCCUGGUCUACUAGGAAUCAAGGAUCUUUCCAAUCCAGAUUGUGGUGAUGCAGUACAGGCUCAUCCUGGAGAUAUUCCAGUCUUUUGGGCCUGUGGAGUAACAGGAAUAGAAGCUGUCUGUAAUUGCAAAUCUUCACUGGCUUUUACCCAUUCUCCUGGUUGUAUGUUUAUUACGGAUUUGAAAGAUGACGAUGCUGUACCUGAUCAAGAACUUCCUGAAGUUUUUUGUAUUAGCUGGAAUCCUUUGUAUUACAGCACCACAGCAACAGCAGCUGUACAAAAAAUCAGGUGCUUAGAAGAGAUGAUAGGAGUAGACCCAGGGAACAGAGGUGUGACACAUUUGUGGUCUCAGGAUGAACUCCUGAAAGCAUGUUUAGCCAUGUCCCAUGCCCAGUCGGUAUUGAUAACUACCGGAUUUCCUACCCACUUCAAGUAUGAUCCCCCUGAAGAGAAUGAUGGGCCGCCUGGAGCCAUUGCAGUGGCAGCCAUGUUGAAAGCCUUGGGGAAAAAUGUAGUCAUAGUGACUGAUAAAAGAGCUCUCAAUCUGAAUAAAAAGAUAAUCAAAGAGGCUGUUGAACAAGGGGUACUGGAGACACCAAUUCCUGUAAUUAGCUAUAAUAGCCAUUCUGCAGAUUCAGCUUUGGAGUUCCUUUGUGAAGAUGGAAAUACAGAAAAGCCUAGAUAUGACCACUUAAUAGCAAUAGAGCGUGCUGGAAUGGCAGCUGAUGGCAAUUAUUAUAAUGCAAGAAAAGUUAACAUUAAACAUUUAGUAGAUCCUAUUGAUGAACUGUUUCUAGCUGCAAGAAAUAUCCCAGGAAUUACUACAACAGGCAUUGGGGAUGGAGGAAAUGAAUUAGGAAUGGGAAAAGUGAAAGAAGCUGUAAAGAAAUACAUUACCAAUGGAGAUGUUAUUGCUUGUGAUGUAGAAGCUGACUUUACAGUUGCUGCAGGAGUUUCUAAUUGGGGAGGCUAUGCAGUUGCUUGUGCACUUUAUAUUCUUAAUACAUGUGAAAUACAUGAUCGUUACUUUAGGAAAGGAGUUGGGUUUCCCAGAUUAUCCAAGAAAGCAUGUUGGGCAUCAGCACUACCCUCUGUUGCUAAGGAAGAAAAGUUGCUCCACAUAUUGCAACAGAAUGAAGUCCGUAGUGGAAAAACUGCUAGUUUGGAAAUGGAAGUGGAUGGUCUGCCUUUCUAUAAUGUCCACUCACUUAUGAUUGAGAGGCUGUUGAAGGAAACUCUGAUAUAACCCUUCCUUAACAAGGGAUGAUAGGUUGGUCAUUUUAAAACACAUUUUAUUUCAUUCUUCCAAAGAGAAAAGUGCUAUCAUCCCCUCAUUAAAAAAGAUACCAUUACAAUGGACCCUCAGUAUCUAUGGGGGUGUGCUUCCAGAACACACACAGGUACAUUUGCAGUCUCUCCACAGAUUAUGAGCCUGCAGGCAUAGUCUACCCCGUCAAGGCUGUUGUAAGUAGACUAUUCUAUUGUUUGUGAAGUCUGUAGAAAUCUAAAUUACUGACUCGGUAGACUUUCAGAAUUAUCCUUUCAUGAAUUAACUUUCUGAAAUUCAUUUGUAUAGAUAUCUGCCUUUAUCAAAUUCAAUAUAUAUGUGUGUGCAUGUGUGUGUAUAUAUAGAUAUAGAUACAUAUAAAAUUAAGACAUUAUCCGAUCCCUCAUUUGCCAGAUUACUUAUUAGAAUAAGAAUUCUGGCAGUAGCUGCUUGUUUUGUUAUUAGAAAACUCUUCAACUGUCUAUUUUUCUUCAUAAUUCAGUAAAAAAACAUAUUGGACUCAUUUAGACAUAAUGUUAAACUGUGGUUUAGCAUUACAUGAUGGUAGGUCCAUCAAUUAUGCAGUUAUUCAAGAGCUGGGAGCAAUUGUUAAAUGAUGUGACCUCUUAUGUGUUUCCUAAAAUAAUGUUUUCCUUGGGUAUUGUGGAGGAUGGUGUCAUAUCAGUGUGUGUUGAACAACAGUCUACUUGGCAUCAAUACCUAGAAUGUCUGGAAAGGGAACUGUCUUGUCUUUUGUCCCAGGCAGCAGACUUCCUUGAGCCAGCCCUGUACAAAUGAGCCUGGAAAAGGCUCCACUGCUCUUCUGCAGUCCUUCAUCCCCAUCUUUCCCCAGUGAGGCCUCAGGAAAAACAUCAGACUCUUUUACUUCCAUUUUUAACUUGCACUUUAAAUGUAUAACCAAAUCAUGAGAACUAUAAUUAUUCUUAAUUGUGAUUCAUUAAAUUAAAUCUACUUCUAAACAUAAUUCAUUAAGCUGGCUUGUAU